UGCUGCUGUUGCUGCUGUUGCUGUACUCUUGCCUCAUAAUAAAACCACAUCGUUGCCCGCGUCGCUCAUCUGUGUUGACCUCACCUCUUCUCUUUUCCCCGUCCACACUCCGUCAAACAUCACCAGCAAGCACAUCCAGGCAAAACAUCUUCACCUCGCCGACGAUACUUUGGAACUGAAUAUCGCUUGAUUGAUUGUCAGACGUUCUCUCCCGUCUCCAUUCAACAACUUCAACCAACCACAAUUUCCACUACCUCUACACAUCACCAACAGACAACAUGCGUACUUCCCUCGCCAUCGUGGCCCUCUCGGCCCUCACUGCCGUCUCUGCCCAGCGCAAGGUCUUCACCGCUGCCGACAUCAACGUUGCUACUGUCUCCGUAAACCAGAGAGCCAGCUGGUGUGUCGCCGAGCGCAACACUUGCAAGGUCCUUUGCGAGCCUAACCCCACCACCAACGACUGCGAUUCUACCACCCUUGUCUACUCUUGCCUCUGCCCCAACGGCUCUGCCCCCGGCCUUGAGUACUACGAGCAGACCAUGCCCACCUUCAUCUGCGAGAAGGCCUUCGAGGACUGCAUCACAGCCAACGUUGGUGACGCUCGCGGCCAGACCAACUGCACCGACACCAUCAAGUCCCAGUGCGGUACCAUUAACGCCCAGGCCGACCAGGCUUCUGGUGUUUCCACCACCACCACCGCCUCUGCUACCAGCUCUCCCACCGGAACUAAUACCGCUGCCGCUACUACCGGUGCCUCCAGCUCCAGCUCUUCCGCCUGGGCUGUUCCUACUGCGAACCCCGCCCACGUCGGCAACGCUGCUGCUGUCGCUGCCAUUGGUCUCCUCGCCUACAUGCUUUAGAUUGCUUCUGCGAUCUACUAGGCUGUGGUAAACUGCGAGCCGCGAUUCCUUCAUGCGGCGACAUGAUUGACAAUCACGGGCUUUGAGCGGUAUUUCGCUUCUCUGUAAUCACCUUCCCUACUACCCGGUCUGCGUGCUUACCACGCGGCUCCCUAAUCUUUUUUGACGAGGAAUACGUGGAAUUAUGCGAUGGAGACGAUGGAUAUUCCCACCCGUAUGGCAUUUUGAAGUUCUAGGAGGAGUCAGUGCGUUACAGGGACGGGUGAUGUCACCCCAUGUUGCUUUUGCUCUGCAUUUCGCGUUUUAGGCAUGAUUGAAAGACAGUCCAGACGACGUCAAAAGAAAUGAAGAAUCGAUUCCCCCCCAUUCCCUGUCCC